UCCUCCCAGCUCCUGUCUCUGUCACUCACAGGCGGCCAGGCUGAGGCAGCCAUGGCUGCAGCACCAAUCUGGAUUCCUCUCCUUGUGGGUCUCCUGGCAGGGCUGGGGGCCACUGAGGCCCAGGAGACCACGCAGCACCCACUUGUGGGCCGUGUCUUCGUGCACACCUUGGACCAUGAAACCUUCCCGCACCUUCCUGAACAAGUCGCUGUCCCACCCACCGUCCCUAUCACCUACCACGCCCACCUCCAGGGACACCCAGACCUGCCCCGAUGGCUCCGCUACACCCAGCGCAGCCCCCACCACCCUGGCUUCCUCUACGGCGCCCCCACCCCAGAAGAUCGUGGACACCAGGUCAUCGAGGUCACAGCCUACAAUCGGGACAGCUUUGACACCACCCAGCAGAGGCUGGUGCUGUUGAUUGGGGACCCAGAAGGCCCCCUGCUGCCAUACCAGGCUGAGUUCCUGGUGAGCAGCCAUGAUGUGGAGGAGGUGUUGCCCGCGAUGCCUGCCAGCCGCUUCCUCACAGCCUUGGCGGGGCUCUGGGAGCCAGGGGAGCUCCAGCUGCUCAACAUCACCUCUGCCUUGGACCGUGGGGGCCGCGUCCCCCUUCCCAUUGAGGGCCGCAAGGAGGGGGUGUACAUCAAGGUGGGCUCUGCCUCACCCUUCUCCACCUGCCUGAAGGUGGUGGCGUCCCCCGACAGCCACGCUCGCUGUGCCCAGGGCCAGCCACCGCUUCUGUCCUGCUAUGACACCUUGGCACCUCACUUCUGUGUCGACUGGUGCAACGUGUCCCUGGUGGAUAAGUCAGUGCCAGAGCCCGCAGAUGAGGUGCCCACCCCAGGCGACGGGAUCCUGGAGCAUGACCCAUUCUUCUGCCCACCCACUGAGGCCACGGCCCGAGACUUCCUGACUGACGCGCUGGUCACCCUCCUGGUGCCUCUGCUGGUGGCCCUGCUGCUCACCCUACUGCUGGCCUAUGUCAUGUGCUGCCGGCGUGAGGGACGGCUGAAGAGAGACCUGGCCACCUCUGACAUCCAGAUGGUCCACCACUGCACCAUCCGUGGGAACACGGAGGAGCUGCGACAGAUGGCAGAUAGCCGAGAGGUGCCCCGGCCACUCUCCACCCUGCCCAUGUUCAACGUGCGCACAGGCGAGCGGCUGCCUCCCCAGGUGGACAGCGCCCAGGUGCCCCUCAUCCUGGACCAGCACUGAGGGCCUGCCCAGGUGG